AGUCCUGAUCAUCUGACCAGAGUGCACUGCAGCCUCGAACUCCUGUGCUCAAGCCAUCCUCCUGCCUCAGCCUCCCUAGUAACUGGUACUACAAGCAUGUCGCAUCACCUGGCUAUUUCCCACCUUUCAACUGUAAAAGUUUCUGUCUUAUCUGUCUCACUCUGUUGACCAGGCUGGAAUGCAGUGGCACAAUCUUGGCUGACUACAACCUCUGCCUCUUAGGUACCAGCGAUUCUCAUGCCUCAGCCCCCAAAGUAACUGAGAUUACAAGCGUGCACCACCACACCCAGGAAUUUUGAAAGACCAUGAAUAAAUAAAGAAUGGCUCUGAACAAUCAUUGACUGUAUGGAGGAAAAGGACUACGAAAAUCAUCUGUAACAAUGAGAUAAGCAACGUGAGGAGAGGCACAAAAUGCAGUGAGCUAACUGAAAAAACCAAGUCCUCUCACUCUGAGAGGAGGAGCCCGAUUUCCCAUUAAAAGAAAUAAACGGGGCGAGAGUCAAAUAAUUAUACUCUGCGAACUUUUUAAGGGGCCGCCGCUUCCGACCGGCCUCCCACCUUCAGCCCCAACGGCCCUCUGUACUUUGCGUGUGCCAGUCGGCGAGCGCACGCCGAGGCGCAACCGGCCCGGGGCCGCGAGACUUCACCGCGAGAGGGCGCGAGCCCGAACCUCCCUACGGAAGUCCCGCCCUCACUUCCGGCGGCGGAGGAUUGGGUGGGGCUGAAGGUCACUUCCGGCUCGGGAAGUGCAGUGGCUUCGGCGCGUGUGUCAUUCCACGGGAUUUCGGUAUUAAACCUGCCUCUGGUGAACUUGUCUGGCUGGACUCCUUUAAGGCCUAAGGAUGAAGGUGAGAAGAAAUAAAAAACAGAUUCCAAGCUUCCGCAAGUUGAUAAAAACUAGUAAAGUCAAACUUGAAAACAAGCUAAAAAAUAAGCAGUUUAAACAACAAAGCACUCUCAAGAAGUACCGAAAAGAACAGAGGAAACUAAGGCAAGCUGUGAAAGAUGCUGUGUCUAAGAAACCCAUUCCACUGGAGGACCCAAGGGAAAAGCAACCAGGUAAAAGGAUUGAGAGGGAAGAAGAGGAAGAAGAAGCCCUUCCUUUAGAUAUGAUGGAUGAAGAUGACUUACAGUUAAUGAAGGACUUAGGACAAAGACCAUCUUUUUUAACAAGAGAUCUUUCUUCUAGUGAGCCUGUUCAUGCGAAGAAACGGAAGCAUGAACGCAUUAUAGAUAAAUAUGAAAAAAUACCAAGAACUCUGCAAACUGCACCAGAGAAGGAACUGAUUCACUUGCUUCCUAUCAAAGAUAAAAGUGGUAUAAUCCCACAGACUAGAGAGAAGCCAGUUACUGAUAGUAACAAAGAUGAAGAGGAUCAAGAAGCAGCGAGGGAACUUGAGGAAGAGAUCAUUGAAGAUCCUAUUCGAGAGCUGACCGUAGAAGAACAUUUGAUUGAGAGAAAGAAGAAACUACAGGAGAAGAAGAUGCAUAUUGCAGCCUUGGCAUCUGCCAUAUUAUCAGAUCCAGAAAGUAAUAUUAAAAAACUGAAAGAAUUACGUUCUAUGCUGAUGGAACAAGAUCCUGAUGUGGCUGUUACUGUUCGAAAGCUGGUCAUUGUUUCUCUGAUGGAAUUAUUUAAAGAUAUUACACCUUCAUAUAAAAUCCGUCCCCUCACACAAGUAGAAAAAUCUACUAAGAUCCGAAAAGAAACCCAGAAGUUAAGAGAAUUUGAAGAAGGCCUGGUUAGCCAAUACAAAUUUUAUUUGGAAAAUCUGGAACAAAUGGUUAAAGAUUGGAAGCAGAGAAAGCUGAAGAAAAGUAAUGUAGUUUCCUUAAAGGCAUACAAAGGACUGGCAGAAGUUGCUGUGAAGAGCUUGUGUGAGCUGUUGGUGGCACUACCUCAUUUUAACUUUCACAACAACAUCAUCGUAUUGAUUGUCCCUCUUAUGAAUGACGUGUCAAAAUUGAUAUCUGAAAUGUGUUGUGAAGCUGUAAAGAAACUCUUUAAACAAGAUAAAUUAGGCCAAGCUUCUCUCGGUGUAGUUAAAGUGAUUUCUGGUUUUGUGAAGGGCAGAAAUUAUGAAGUUAGGCCAGAGAUGUUAAAAACAUUUUUAUGCCUAAGAAUCAAGGAAGUAGAAGUGAAAAAAGAUACAGAAGACAUUAAUAAACCAAAAAAAUUUAUGACUUUCAAAGAAAAGAGAAAAACUCUAUCAAGAAUGCAGAGAAAGUGGAAGAAAGCAGAAGAGAAACUAGAGCGAGAGCUUCGAGAGGCAGAAGCUUCAGAGAGUACUGAGAAAAAAUUUAAACUGCACACAGAGACUCUGAAUAUUGUGUUUGUAACCUACUUCAGAAUAUUGAAGAAGGCCCAGAGGUCACCUCUCCUGCCAGCAGUUCUAGAAGGUCUUGCCAAGUUUGCUCACCUUAUAAAUGUGGAGUUUUUUGAUGAUUUAUUAGUAGUUCUUCAUACUCUCAUUGAGUCUGGUGACCUAAGCUAUCAAGAAAGUCUUCACUGUGUCCAAACUGCUUUUCAUAUUCUUUCUGGACAAGGUGACGUUCUGAAUAUUGAUCCAAUGAAAUUCUACACACAUCUUUACAAAACACUGUUCAAGUUACAUGCAGGUGCUACCAAUGAAGGUGUUGAGAUUGUACUCCAGUGCCUUGAUGUCAUGCUAACUAAGCGCAGAAAGCAAGUUUCUCAGCAGCGAGCCCUUGCCUUCGUCAAACGCCUUUGUACCCUUGCUCUUCAUGUUCUUCCAAAUUCAAGUAUUGGCAUUUUAGCAACUACCAGAAUAUUAAUGCAUACUUUCCCCAAAACAGAUCUACUGCUUGACAGUGAAUCUCAGGGAAGUGGAGUUUUCCUCCCUGAACUGGAUGAGCCUGAGUACUGCAACGCUCAGAACACUGCUUUAUGGGAACUGUAUGCACUGCGGAGGCACUAUCAUCCCAUAGUGCAGAAAUUGGCAGCUCACCUGAUCGCUGGAGCACCUUCUGAAGGCUGUGAAGCACUCAAACCAGAGUUGAGUCGAAGGGCCAGAAGGAAAGAUCUUGUUGGCUUAGUGGUUUGAGAGUGAAACAGAGAGCACAGAAUCGUGAUGCUGCCCUCUGCCGGUGGUGCAGGAAAAAGGACGCAGCCUCAGACUACAAUUCCUGCCAAGAGCAUCAGCCACAAUAGAAACUAAAGGGUGAAAACAAGAUUUCUUUGCUGCAAUUUCAUCUCUUCUUCUAAAACUUGUCAUAGCAAUGACUCCCUGUAACUUCCCACACCUGCCUCUUCUUUCCUUAAGUGGUGGCUAACAGAAUCCCUUUCCUUCCUCAGUCCUUGCUAAGUGACUGAAUUCAGAAACUCCUGGACAAUAUUACAACAAUCUGUAUUAUUGGUCUCUGGAGCUCCAGGUUUAUUUUAGAAAGAAAAAUGUGGAAAAUCAUCCAAACAUUUUCCUGUGUACAGCAUAGGGAUCUGUUUCUCUUACCAUCAGAAAGGGAUUCAUAGUCAUAAUCAUAUUCGUCCUCCUCAUCUUCCUCUUCCUCAUUAUUGGCAGGUAGGGGGUUGGCAUUCCCACCAUUAUAAGCCUGUGCUUGCAUAGAUGCUAACUGAUGAGCCUGUAAAAUAGCAAUAAUUGUAAACUGCAGAUGCCAAGCUACCGAAUUCAUUUAUAACCUUCAAAACUACCCCUGAUGUUUAACACAAUCGCUAAAAGUAGCUUAACCUAUUUUGAUACAUUUGGGAGACAAGAAAAAAAUCUAGAUUCACUUGAAAUGCAAUGUCAACACUCAGGUGAAUGUUAGCAUUCCUACAGGAAGAAUCCUGGAGCUUUUAUACACGGUCUCCAGAAGACUGAAGUGCCCAGCUAGCCAGGUUCCCAGGGCAACCCCUCCAAGAGAAAGCUUUGGUGCUUUGGAGAACCAGCAUCAAUCCCAAAUGACUGAGGAAGUGAAUCACCCAUCAAUUUUUGAAAGUAUGUCUUUGUUAAUACACAAUUUUUUCCCCUUCUUAAAAUAGUAUCUACAGGCCCCUGACCUUGAGAACAAUGUUAGAAUCCUUAUGGACAAAGAGGCCUAAAGAAUUAUUGUUGGUUUAAAUAAAGUUUUUUCAGAAGACUAUCUGAACCAUAAAUCAGAUUAACAAAACAGGCCUGGAAGCUUUAGGAAGUUGAUGUGUGCAGCCAGGAAGGUCACAUACUCCAUGUUUACUGGAAUUACUGUGAAGUGACAAGCAUCAGGACAGGUCUGGGAAACUGCCUAGCUUAAGAAAAUCAUCUGAAACAUAGGAAAAGUUACUUGCAUGAACUAAAAGCAAGAAACAACCUAAAAGUCCAACAAUAGAGGAAUGGGGUCAGUAAGCAGUGGUUGUCUGCUUGAGAGAAUGAGACAUGAAAAAAUAAUUGAUACAUGUUUAUUGAACAAAGGAAUUGAACAAAUUCUUUUGUUCAAUACAUUUUUUCAUUCAAUAUUUAUAAAUUGAAUAUCAUAAUAUAUAGAUUACUUAUGCACAUAUACAUAGACAAUUCUGCAUGUGUAUGUGUGCAUAGGUAUGUGUGUGUGCUAAUAUAUACUAUAUAUAAAAUGUAUGUGUGGGCACACAGAUAUCUAUACACUAUGUAAAUAUACAUAUAAUUCUGUAUUCUUUGUUUUAUAUAUUGAACGUGCAAUUAUAUAAAGUGACAGUCAGAAAAGUGCUAGAUAGUAAAUGUUAAUACAGCCGGGGUUCUUCACUUGCUUUGCAUCAUAGACUUCCCUGGUUGUCUGGUGAGGUUGUAAAUGCAUAAAAUGAAAUGAUUAAAAGGAAAUACUGUUGAAUACACUUAUCACAUGUUAUAGGAACAAAUUUGUGCUAUUAGAAUAUAUGUGUUUCUUUAUUAACACAGUAGAAAACACAGUAGUAGGUCAAGUAACAUUUUUGAAAAUAUAAAUUGAGCAUAAAUAAUUCUUGGAGAUAUUAGUGACAACUGUGAAGUAUAAUGAAAAAGUUGCCAUUUCUAUUGGUGACGAUAGGUACUGCCUACAGUACUGUAGUUUAUUCCCUACAUUUAUAAUCAGAGGAAAUGCUAAAUUUCAGCUAGAAAUUAAUGAAAAUAAAGAUGUAAUUUUUUUUCCAUUUAUACCUACAGACUCCCUAAAUUCUAUUUGUGGAUAUUACCAAGGUUAAGAACUCAUGUAAUACAGGUGUGUUUGACCCUGGAAUUAUGUAUGUUUUAAAAUAAUUCUCUAUUCCCCAAUUUUUUGAAAUGUGGUUAUAUUACCUUUAUAAUAAAAAUGUAUACAUAAGGAAGAUACAAUUUAGGCUGUGUCCAUAUCCAGAUGAAACCUAUUCCAGAUAACUGGACAUUGUCUAAGCUGAGAUUUCUCAAAGUGGGUUUUAUGGAGCUCUGUAGGUGUUAAUAAGUGUUAUGGAAAAACUGACAAUCACAGGAACCACAAAACACAUUGAAUGCCUGGAAACAGCAGCUUAACCAAACCUGCACACAUUCCUACUGCAGGGUUUCACAUAGCCUUCAUUUAAUAUGCUAAAGGGCAUUGCGAGUCUUCAAAGAUCUCCAGUGCAACAUGUCUCAUGCUUAUUUAACCAGGGAGGAUUUUCUUCCCCAUCUUUCUCUUCUCAGAGUCUCUCAUAGCAUUCGUGUUCUUCCAAACUUUGGGAAAUCUGUUGUAGCCAAAAGCAGGUCUGUUUAUGGCUGAUAGGAGAAGGGCCUUGACGCAGCGAGCACUCAAGGUAACGCCAAGUGCUGGGAAUGAUGAGGCCAAGGGCUGGACAGACCCACUGGCAGGAAAGCAUGAGAACUGUAUGGGAGAAGGACACCACUCAAAGAACCACGGACAGCAGUGUCUGAAAGUGGAGUGGCAAGACCCCUGAGAUGCUCAAGCAGAAGCAUGGGAGAGGUAGCCCAAUGAACAGUCAGCAGCUGGGACCCUUCUAUGCAAUAUCGUACUUAUUCUAGGGUAGAAAAAUGGGACCUCAGCCCUUGAAUAAAAGUAACUCGGAUAUAGAUCAGGGUUGGAGGUAUGGGUCAGAUGAGGAGAUUGGUCCUGAUAGGGCUAGGCAGGAGCAACGUUUUACCCUUCUCUGUUUCCCCAGUAACUCGCCACAGUGCCUGUUAUCUAGGGCGAAAUGUUGGAGUUUUUUGGGUUCAAGUUCAGGAGAGGAAUGUCAGAAUCUUGGAGAAUCUGGGUGGGAUAUAGUUAGGAGACCUCAGGAUGCAUCUCAGCACAAGCCAGAGGCAGGUGGAGGGCUUCAUAAAUCAUGCUCUGAAUCAGUCCAUCCUUGCUGAGGGUGAGUUCUUUGUAUGGAAAUGAUGUAGGCUUUCUAUGUUAAGGGAUAGAUCUGAGCCCACUGGAGCCCUGGGCAUUCACCCACCUUAUUUGAGGUCAGAUCACUAGGUCUAGACCCAUGAUCUACCAGAAAACGGAAAGGCCUUACAGAUAGGACAAUGCAAUCAUUGCUGAUACUCCCUGGGAAGUCAUCAUGAAAGGCUGCAAGCAGUCUUAGAAAACUGGAAAUCGGGAUUAUAUUGUCCCAUUUUUCCAAAAUGAGGAACAAGUAAGCUGUGGAAAUUAUACUGUGGGCAAUGUCAAGGUGAUAACUGACAAAAUUUCAUGAUGGGGUAUUAAUCACUUGGUUUGUGAGAAGUUGGAAAAUAAAGAGAUGGCUUGCAAGAGUUGGAAAGGGUCUCCUAAGAACAAGCUUACUGCCCAGUAACCUCCUUAGCUUUUUUGGAUAAGGUAAUUUACUUUGGGGAAAAAUCCAGCAGAUAAAUAGUGUUUCUCAAACUUCCAGGAUUAUAUGAAUUAUUAUUGUUAUUUAUUUUUUUCUGCAGACACCAUGGUAACUUAAGGAACUAUUUUUAUAUCAACAGAUGACCAGGCCUUUCUUGUGGAAAUUCUGACUUUAGAUUCAUGACCUUAGAAUCUGUUUUUCAAAGUGCUCCAGUGAUUAUUCUUAUUAAUAAUUCUGACUUCUGUAUCACCUUUGAAAAGGGCUUCUAUAAAGACCCACAUCUGAGACUAAGCUCUGCUGCUAUGAGCUGGGUGGCCUUGAGGAAGUCACACAAGUGGCCAGGCUUCAGUUUUCUAUUUUAUAAAUAAAUCAAUAAAGAGGUUGAAGCACACUAUGGGAAAUGCAGGCUGCAAGAGAGGAGAGCACCAGACAGGAGCAGUAAUCAUCUAAAUGUCGGGGGUUCUUUUAGAAGGACACAGACCUCUUCUCCAUGGCUGGCUGACUCAAAGGCAACUUGGGAUGAAGAUGCAGUUUGAGAAACUGCUAAUAAAUGGGCCAGAUGACAGAAACCAAAUUCACAAAGAAUCUUGUAGACUGUAUUAAUGUACCAAAACCAAGAAGAGCAAAAAUAGAGGUAAAUAUGAGGCUCCCAUAUAUAAAAGGUUAGAAUUUAUUGUUAGUCUGGAAAAAUGGGAAGACUAGGCAUGUCUAUCUGAAAAUAAUUGAAUGCUUUUUAUUUUCUACGAGCUUAACACGAGCCCAAUGUGUGCUAGAGAAUUUUUUUUUUUGAGGUCAGGGUCUCACUCUAUAGCUUAGACUGAUGUGCAGUGGCACGAUCAUGGCUCACUGCAGCCUUGGCCUCCCAGGCUCAGGUGAUCCUCCUGCCUCAGCCUCUCCAGUAGCUGGGAAUACAGGCACGUGCCACCAUGUCCAGCUAAUUUUUAUAUUUUUUGUAGAGAUGGGGAUUUGAUAUGUUGCCCAGGCUGGUCUUGAACUCCAAGACUUAAGCAAUCCACCUGCCUCAGCCUCUCAAAGUGCUGGGAUUACAGGUGUGAGCCACAGCAGCUGGCCAAGAAUUUUUAAAAAGAAAACAGUCUGAGGCUGCAUUAACAAAAGUUUAAAGUUCAAAUUAGGGGAGGUGAUGGUUUCACUGUUCUUGGGCUGUCAGAUCCUAUCUAGAAUACUGACUUAGUUCUGGAAAUCACAUUUUAAGAUUGAUAAAUUCAGGAAUAUCCAGUAUUCUUAAUGGUAAAUGAAAAGUCUUAGCAACCAUAUCCUGUCAGGAAUAGUUGGCACAACAAGAAUUUUUAGCUUGGAGAAGAAAAGCUGGUGGGGAAACACAUGAUAGCUUUCUAAAUAUAAAAUUAGUCUGUACAGCUGCAGAGGGUAGAGGGAGAAGGAGGAACAGGAAGGAAGGUUUGGGCUCAACAAGAAAGACUUGUUCAUCAGUGGAAUGAAAGCCUUAUAAGUAAUUGCAAAUGACUGUGCCAGAAUGGGAAAGGCAAGGACAGUCACAUAUAUCUUGAAGACCUUAGCAGUAUGUGUGGUUAACAGCUUUAUCUUUUUGGCAGUGAGGAUGGGGCAGGAAUCGUUGGAUAGAGAAAACAGCAUAGACGAACAAGGCUCUAGAAGAGAAAGCACCACUGCUGAGUGGUCAGUCACUGAGGUGGCAUUUGAGAAAGGCCAGGUAGAGUACACAUGCUAACAUUUCAGUUAAAUAACGUCAUAACAAGGCCCAUCAGCAGAGGUGACAUGGCCUCUGGAACCCCAGCAAAGGUCAGGUCACCUGGAGAUGCUUUGAGAGUAUAGAUCCAGAUCAAGGUAGAUCUAGUGGAGGUUUCCAACUGGUGGCCCUUGGGGCAGACUUCACCUCCAGACCUGACUUGUUUGGCUGGUGCAGUGUGUUAAAAAUAAUUGAAUUCGAGCUACUCGUUGAUGAGGCGUGCACACCCCACUCCUGUCCUCACCACUUCCAGCUGUCCUGUAUCCAGCUGGCUCCUCACACUGAUGUUUCCUGCUUAGCCCCUGAAGGUGACUGAUUGUGCAACUUUUGGCUCAGAGUCGUGAGUGAUCUUCAAAUUGGGUAAUGUGUACCUCCGGAGUACACAACGAUUCCAAGGGAAUAUGCAGGUUUCGAUGUUCGUCAAGAAACUGGUUUCUGAAGCUUUAGCAUCUAUGUACUUGUUCCCUUUGAAAGACAGGUCAGCCUGAGAGCAAGUCCGUAGCUGGCUAGUUUCCAAAGUGAUGUUUUAGGAGCAACAGUGCCCUCCUGAGUAGGACAAGUAGUUUUACCAGCUGUCAUCCUGUGGGAUAAGUAGGUGCAGCCUGGCAAAUAGACUCUGUGUUCUGGACCUGAACUUUCUUCACAGACCUUUGGGCUGAAGGUCUUCUACACAGGUGAGUUUGUCGUUCUUGGGCACAGAUCUCUGGAUGAGAGAGCCCCGCUAAGGGGGCUCUCCCUAAAGGGGACUAAGCAGCCAUUGUGGGAUGGACAACCCUGAAGCUCACUUUCAGACACAAGUCACUCAUCAUCCCACUCAGAAUACAUUAAAUAACAGGUUUAUUCGAUGUGGGAACAAUUCCACAAAUUAAAUUCUAGGUCAGUGAGAUGAGAGAAUUUAGGUCUAUGAAAUUUGGGUCUAUGAAAGGCCCAAAAUCAAAUUUAUCAUUUAAGGAAAUUCAAUCUUGAAAAACUAGUAAACCAGCAGGUCAUCUGAAAGGUUAGAAUGACUUUUUUUUGUUGUUGUUCUAAGCACACUGCCUUUUCAUAACCGGUUUCACAACAGGGGAGUACCUUUUGCUUUAAGAUGUCCACUGGUGUCUGAUGGGCUUUUAGCUUCUUGUUUUUAAGAAGCACUUUCCUUCUGAGUUGGUCAGGUGAAGGAAGCAUUGGAUCAUCUGAGAAAUCAGUCUCAAACAAGAAUUUAGCCACCAGCUUUUCUCCAAACACAGUCUAAAAAGAAUUUUAAAAAGCAUACAAUCAAUACCUUUUAUCUAUAAUUGAUAAAUACAUGUAUACUUCAUAAAUAUAGUAGAUAUUUUAGAUUGGUUGAAGUAUUUAAAAAGUCUUAAGAAGAGGAACUAGGAAAGAAGUUGUCCCCUGCUCUGCCCCCUUCACAGUUUCUUACUGAAAGGAAGGGAGGUGAUUAGAAGGACAGGAGGAGAGAUUAAAGCCACUUUGCAGCUGGGGUCAGUUCUAACUAUUUAGGAAAAUAUUCUGAGGUCUGAGGUAUUAAAUAAGAAAACAGAGAACCAGUUAGAGGCUGUACAAUAAGGUUAGUUUUGGGUGAAGUCAAAUCAAAAGGGUAGAAACUUUGGAGGGGACAGGGUGUAGGGACAAAGAUGAGACUUAGGUAGAAUUUGCCCCCACAUAGUGUGAAGAACCACAGACACAAUUCUCACAGAUUUUAGCAUCAAUCUCCAAAGCAGAGUGUGUGUCUCUCCAGGAGGUGGGUGAAGAGAAGGCAGACACAGGGUAAUCUAUUGGGGGAAGGGUAGAAAAUGUGGCAAUUUCUAUUUCUAUUUUUUUUAUUUGGAGACAGGGUCUCACUUUGUCACCCAGGCUGGAGUGCAGUGCCAUGAUCUUGCCUCGCUGCAGCCUCCAGCUCCUGAGCUCAAGCGAUCCUCCUGUCUCAGCCCCUCAAGUAGCGGGGAGUACAGGCUCGUGCCACCUCACUUGGGUAAUUUUUGUAUUUUUCGUAGAGAUGAGGCUUUGCCAUGUUGCCCAGGCUGGUCUCAAACUCCUGAGCUCAAGCAAUCCACCCUCCCCAGCCUCCCAAAGUGCUAGGAUUACAGGUGUGAGCCACUGGGCCUGGCCUUAAGUUAUUUUUUUAAUUGAAAAAAAAAAAAUCAAAGCUUAGGCCAAGACAAUAGAGUUAAUUCGUUUUAUUGGCAUUAAUAUUUGGGGACAUUUUCUUUUGCUAGUGUCCCUCUUCCCACUGACAGCCACAUUUCCACAAAUGCCUCUACCAUUAGAGGAAGCGGGAAGCACAAUGGAAUAUCUGCUCCUAAAUUUGGGUGCAUUAUUCCCUUACAUAAGGAAGGGCUGACUGUUAACACAGCAACUGUGCCGGCCAGUCUAAGCUCUUUGCUAACUUGGAUCCUUGUACUGUGGUAUAAGAUCUUCUCCUACAAGAAGAUUUGACUUAUUUGCCCUGAGAUAUUUUCAGCUUUUCCACAUACAACUGACAGAUGACACCCUGGCAUCCCUGACUUGUGGUACCAGAAAUGUUGGAGAGUUGGUCUAUCGUUUCCUUCUAAGGCUUUCUGGAAAGGGUCAGGAGAACCAGAGAGCAAUGCGUAUAUUAUUCCAGCUGAAAAGAGGGACCAUCCCAGAGAGGGCCCAGGCUGAGAACAGCCCAAUUUCUCAGAUCUGUCGGACCCUAACUGUAUAUGCUUCACGGCCAAGGUCCAACUGUGGUGUGGUCCACAAAGGCCUCGUUUAAUACCCAAUGACAGCCGGGUGUGUGGCUAAUGCCUACAAUCCCAGCACUUCGGGAGGCCAAGGCAGGCAGAUCGCUUGAAGCCAGGCAUUCCAGAGCAGCCUUCCCAACAUGGUGAAACCCUGUCUCUCCUAAAUAUACAAAAAUUAGCCAGGCAUGGGGGUACACAUCAGUAAUCCCAGCUACUUGGGAGGCUGAGGCAGGAGAAUCACUUGAACCUCAGAGGCAGAGGUUGUGGUGAGCUGAGACUGCACCACUGCACUCUAACCCGGGUGAGAGAGUGAGACUCCGUCUCAAAAAAAGCAAAAAACAAAAAACAAUCCAAUGACAAUUGCAAGACAAGGGCCAACACACCAUUCUGCUAACACACCUUCCUGCCUUUUUCUUGAGAGCUCACCUUGAAAAUUUCUGCCAUUUUUCGUUGCUGAGGCAAUGAACAGUGGUUCUCAAUCGAUAUGAUGAUUGGCAGGUCAGAGUUGAUGAAGGCACUGCGAUCAAUGGCUUCAACCACUUCCUAUGAGAGCCAAAACAGCUCAUUAGAGUCCAGAUACUUGUCCAAGGUGGUCAGAAGGCAGGGUGUUUAUAGCCACAGAAAGCAUACAGCACACUCUGGUCAAAGGUGGUUUUUAUAUUUUCAAAUGAAUCAUGAGGAUAAGGCUAUUUUGUAGAAAGACAUUAAACUGUUUAUAAUGAGUAUUGUUCACAUACUAUAAAGAACAACUAUCAUAUUGAAUUUAACAAAUCUAUCUAUAUACAUAUACUCUCUCUCUACAUAUGGAGUAUAUUGCAGGUAAAAGAUUCUCUCUUAUUUAUAGCAGCAAACAUAAGCACAAAAUACUUUCCUGCUUAUAAAGAGUUUAUAACUUAUUUGAGGCAGUAUGACAUAUAUCACAUAUAUUUAUGUGUCUAUGUAAACAGUUAUUAACUCAUCCCCUGACCAAUAUAGCACAUAGGAGUUUUAGGAGUGCUAAAUAGGAAACCAAGUUAAGGAGAAAAUGCAUUUUAGCCACUAUUUCUAUAUAGGAAAUAAAAAUAAUAUUCCUUCACAGCCUGGCCACAGUUCAGAGAAAAAUUAUGUUUACACAGCCUAAGACCUUCUGAAUGAACACAGUAAUUUCAUAACUGAAUAAGCUACCCAGAAUUUCAAACACAAAUCCAAUGAGAUCAGUCUUCCUGGGUGACCAGUCUUCUCAGGUGGAACUGAUGCUCAUCAUAGUAUAAUACUAACUAUUUAACCAUCUCCUAACUCUUGGCAUUGGCCUUUGUCAGCAUUAUACCAGGACAAAUGACCGUUAAUUUCUAUAGCAGAAUAUACUCUACCUUUUAUAUCAUCAUAUUAUGUAAAAAUUGCAAUAAUAUUAUUACAUGCUAACUAAUAUAAAGUAAUGGCUACUAACUGUGGUUGAAUGGGGAAUCUAAUGAGAGUUCUAGAUUAACUCCAGAAACAUGAACAUGUAUUCUACAUGAUACAGCAAACACUUUUGGGAAGCCUUCAUUUAGACCCAGCAUAAAGACCUUUGACCUAAGGUGUAAUUUGGUCGAGUCACUGAUUUAAAUGAUGAAUGAAGGCCAGGUGUGGUGGCUCAUGCCUGUAAUCCUAGCAGUUUGGGAGGCUGAGGUGGGCGGAUCACUUGAGGUCAGGGGUUUGAGACCAGCCUGACCAACAUGGUGAAACCCUGUCUCUACUAGAAAUACAAAAAUUGGUUGGGCUUGAUGACAUGCGCCUGUAAUCCCAGUUACUUGGGAGGCUGAGGCAGGAGAAUCGCUUUAACCAGGGAGGUGGAGGUUGCAGUGAGCCAAAAUGGCCACUGCACUCCAGCCUGGAUAACUGAGAGAGAUCCCAUCUCAAAAAAAAAAAAAAAAAAAAAAAAGACAAAUGGAGAUAAUGUCUCUUUGUGAUUUGAUUUAAAGAAAGUUAUGAAGCAUUACCUUGAAGGGGAUCUUGGUUGUCAGUGUAUGUCCAUGAUAAAUGAUGGGCAUCCCAUCAUCUCCAUCCCAGCAGUCCAAUUCUACACUUCUACAGCCUUGCAAGAGGACCUGUGUGAUCAAUGAGAAUCCACCCCAGGUGAGCACCUGGAGAUAAAGCCUCAAACUAAACCCAGCAUAUAGUUAUACCUAUCAGUCAGUGUUCACACUCAGGACUAGAGCAGAAGGGCAUAUGGUCUAAAACAAACAAUACAUUUUUGCCAAUGGCCACAAUUAAUCUGGAGUGGGGAAGGAAGGGAACAGACUAAGGAAGGAAGAGUGUUUACCAGAGCUGAAUGCUAAAGGAAAGUAAAAUUUGAUAGCAAAACCAUAUGGCCAUUUUCUUAGCAACUUUGACCCCUGAAAUGGCACGUCUUGAAAUUAGAGAACCAGGCAAAUGUUCUAUCUGGGCAGACAUCCAUGGAGGUGAAAAUGCUGAUGCUACAGCCCAGGGAAAGUAAGGCCACUGAAUCCUUAAUGAACUGGCUAAACAUUUAUAGGAAGUCAAUCAGGAUAAAAUCGCCUCCUUUAAGACCCAAAUUAAGCUAUGAUUAAACAUAUUUGCUGUGAAUGUGUAGCAUGUAAGAAGAGUAGAAGCAAAGAGUUAUCAAAAAUUUGCCUGGCUGUCUAAUUCCAGAUCAGCAACUAGAGCAAAGAUGGCAAAUAAUCCAUAAACGAUUCCUUUCUCUCAUACGCACAGCAGACAUCAAUAAUCAAGGUAGGCACACUUGCUCUCUAAGCUUUAAAAUAUGUUAGCUUACAACCUCUUUAUCAAAGUGCUCCAGAAAACACGACCAAAGAAUCAGAUGAGUUGAUACCUAUUUGGUAUCCUGGAUCUCAAGUGGGAAGCAGAGCUCAAUACAAGUGCUUGGGUUGCAACUUUGCACAGUUUGCUGGAAGCAGCCUCUUCCUCCAUAGAUCUAUCUGUACAUCAUCUUAAAAAACUACCACAUACUGGAAUGGUGACCCAAGCCAAGAGGUUUGGGUCUACCUACUGAUUUUAGAAUGCACAUAACUAUUUCUAUGUGACAGCAAUCCAUUAUUACUGGGGCUUAGUAGCCACUAGAGUUUCUGAAACUAAGCUCAGAUAGUGGAAUGAUUCUCAUUUUAACACAGUAUGAGAUAUGCGCUAUAUUUUUCCUAUUUGACAGCAUAGUUGGUGGCCUAGAAUCCCAAGGCUAGCUAACUGCUUCUUUCAGCAGCUGGAGUAUCUAAAGGUGCAGUGCCUUGGGCUGGAAACUGCUAUGUAAAAUGGCGGCUGCAACACCAACCUGCUUAUCUCUGUGGUGCCCCUGCCAGACUGGGAAUAAUGUUCAGCAAGUGGCGACAGAUGAGAUGGCUUUUCAGCAUGAAAAAACUAAAGGUCUUCACUAAAGUCUACAUGACCUUAGACCUCCACAUAUGGCUAGAAGAGGAAAACCUGGGCUGGAAAUUCUAGAUGAGAAGAGCAGGGCUUAUUCUCACUUCCCAUCUGCCCCACGGAGAAAUGUUAAGAGGUAAUUAGGAAGGGCCAAGGAAGCGUGGAGAGGGUUAGAAAUGAAGUGAGAGGGAUCUAAAUCUGUCUGCACAGUAGGUUUAAUCACAUCUGUGAGUCUGUUUGAGGGGUUCUUGUGCCUUAUUCAAAAGCUGUAAUAAUUUCUCUUUAGGGUGUGAUGUUAAGAGGUUUAAAAACUCUUCAAAGUCAAACAGAGAAAUGAAGUAGGAAUUAAAGCCAGGACACUGGUCCUUGUUUAUUUUCCCGGGAGAAAUAGGCAUACGCACAAGUACAUAUACAUAGAUAGGUAUACAUGCACUAACAUAUAUAUGUACAAACAUAUAUAUGUAUAUACCUAUGUAUGUGUGUAUAUGAAAUAUAUAUCUGUAUUUAUAUGUGUAUUUCAUUUCUUUCCUAAAGAAUAAUGGAUUUCAAACUUAAACUUUGGCAUCCUGUGUGCAAAUGGAGAGACAAUAUGUAAAGUGUGUGUAAGAGUAGUACAUUAGCUGAAGCAGGGGAGCAUAUGGCACCUGUCCUACUCUCUUGCUUCCUCAUUUCAGUGUCGGGGGCUGAGGCCCCGUGACAGAACUUCUGUUUUGAAAAUCACUACUCUAAGGACACAUCUUCUUUCAUAAUAAAAGUCCCUUAGAGAAUACAGUUUAAAAUGUAUAUUCCGUGCUAAACAAGCUUUGGGACAAAACACUGCCCCAUGCUUUGAGGAAUAUCUGGACUAAUCUGGGAGAACAAAGGAAACUCAUUGUUGCUGGGGUUGUGUAAACCAUCCAACUGUGAUUUCCAAACUUGGACCCACAUAUGCACACAAUGACACACUUAUAUUCCCUGGACCCAGCCUAGCUCCAAUCAAUUGAUCCUUCUUGAAAGAGUUCAGAAAACAGGCAGAAUAGACGAGGAAGCUGCCCACAGUAUAGCAGACAGGCAAUGGACAUGCAGAUCAUUGCACGUUGGAUGUUUAGGUUAAAAGGAUGUACUUUUUCUAGUUUAAAGAGCCUGCUGAGUUUCAAAGAACAUUCUCAUGAAUGUGUAGAGACAGGGCCCACACGUGCAGAUUUUUUUCUUGUUUUUGGUUACCAUAUGGAUAGAUUAAUUAUUUAACAAACUGAAAAGCAAAACAAACAAUAUUUUGGGAAUAACUACAUAGAAAGUUGCAUUUUCUACUAUGCUUUCCCACUACAAUAUAUUGAUUUAUUUAGCAUCUAGAGAAACGAUUAGAUAAUUUUCCCAUGGGAAAAUCUAAUUUUAGUGGGAGUAGGUCAGACUAACUAGGAUCUAAAAGCUAUGAUUCUCAAACAAACAUUUUUAUUUUGGCCUAGAAUAAAGGUUAAGUAUAGAUGGGGGAAAACAAAACAAAAAGCAGAAGGAAAACAACUGCUGUAUGUAUAGCCUGUUUCCCACACAUCAUGGUUCCUCACUUUUGACAUGCAAUAGUUUAUAAGAUCUUCAAAGGAGUCUGGGGUCAGGUUUUUGUGACUUUGGGGGUUACGUAAAUAAUUAGGUUUAAUAAAAACCACAUUCCAAGUGGCAUUCCCUGUACCUGGCUAUAGAGUUCCACCGAGGAUUCUCCUUUGAGCUGAUGGCCUGUGAGGUAGGUAUUGUGUGAAGAUUCAAUGUAAUAGUAUGAGAGGGGUAGCUGCAGUUCUUUGACGUUCUCCUGUGACUCUUCAUUUUUUGAGGCAAAAUUUUCUUUAUCCAUCAGAAACCUAGAUGAAACAAAUUUUCUUAAGACCACAUGGGAAAAAUGUAUACUACUUUUAAAAGACGGGCAAAAGAUAUUUUAAAAGUUACCUUGCAAACCCUUCAAAUGACAUUAGUCCCUGAUGACACAUACUGAUGCUAGGCUCAAACUUCUGCAAGGAAUUAAAAAAAAAAGUUUUACUUAGGUUAAGGAAACUAAGCGGGGAAAGAAACCACCACAUCAUUUUUUAAAGCUGUUCUGUUUUCAUCAGGAAACAUCUAAACCAAAUAUUUGAACUAAUUUAGCAAUGUAGUGGUAAGAAGUAGUUUUUAGUCCAAAAGAAAAUAUUUAUUAGAUGUGAGUUUAUUAUACUAAGAAUAUUUAUUUAAUAGAAAAAAGGGAAGAAUGAGAAAAGAACAAGGCAGAUUUAUAUGGAAACAAAGUGUAUCAGUUUAUCCAGGUGAAAACGAGGAUAAUAGCUACCAUAAAGCUGGUGAGAGGCGAACUGAGAUGAUUCACAUAGAGCACUUGGUGCCAUGCCUGCAUUUAGUUAUGUUAUAAUGAGCACUCAACAGCAUGACAGUCAUCUCAGGAUUUUAGCAUUUUCAGUGAUGAAAUCCAACUGCUGCACAAUGAAUACACAGAUACCCAGUCAGGUGAUAAGGGAGGUUGAAACCUAAUUUGUUGCACGCAUCCACAAUGAACACUGUCCCCACUCCUCUCUGCUGCCACCUUGUAGUCUAAACCUUCACCAGCUAUUGCUGGUUACUGUGAUAGCUUCCUCAGUAGUUUCUCUGUAUCUAUUCCUUCACCAGCACAGUUUGAAAUGGGACCAGAGUAACCACUUAAAAAAGUUUUUAAGAGACAGGGUCCUUAAAAAAAAAAAAAGGACUAUACUGUCCAGGCUGUCCUCGAACUCCUGGGCUCAGGCCAUCCUCCUGCCUGAGCUUCCUGACUACAGGUUUGUGUCACCAUGUCUGGCUCAGAGUAACCUCUUAAAAAAUAAAUCAAAUCACAUUACUCCUCUGCUCAGAAGAGUCCAGUGGUAUCCCAUUUCACCUAUUUUACAUGGCCUAAAGCCAACCUCCUUCUCAUGCUCUACAAGGCCCGGAUGAUUGGGCCCUUGCACGUCUGUCUGACACUGUGCCUGCCACUCUGCCUGGCUUGUGCAGCUCACAGUCCGUCAGCUUUCUGUGGUUCCUCAUAAACCCCCAGCUUUCUGCUGCCGUGGUCUUUGAGCCUGGGGCUCCCUGUGGGGAGUGCUCUUUCCUGAGACCUUCAAGUUGGUUAUUCACUUAGGGCUCAGUCCAAAAUGCCGCCUCUUCUAAGUGGCCUUUGCUUACUCUCAGCCCUCCUGUAUCAUUCCUUUCCCUUAUUUGACUUAGUUUUUCCCCCACCCCAUUAGUACCUGAAAUUACAUCAUAUCUUUGUUUGUUGUCUGCCUCACCCUUUAGAAUAUAAGCUGCAUCGAGGGCCAGAACUUUUAUCUUAUUCUCUGCUAUAUUUCCACCUCCUAAAACGGAACCAGCAGAGUAGGAACUAGUACAUAUUCAUUAAAUGACUAGUGAGGUUGAAAACCUAGACUAAAUCUAUUGCAUGUUCUAGAACAAGUAAAAAUUAUGUACCAACUCCUUGUAAUAGCUACUAAGUUAGAGAAGGCUGGGGCCUACGUUAAUUAUAUUUUAGAGGAGAACACUUACAUACUUGUUUUUGUUUGUGUUUUGCUCUGUUGCCCAGACUGGUGUGCGGUGGUGCAAUCUCAGCUCACUGCAACCUCUGCCUUCUGGGUUCAAGCAAUUCUCAUGUCUCAGCCUCUCAAAUAGCUGGAAUUACAGGUCUAUGCCACCAUGCCCGGCUGAUUUUUUUUUUUUUUUUUUUUGAGAUAGGGUCUCGAUCUGUUGCCCAGGCUGGAGUGCAGUGGCACAAUCUAGGCUCACUGCAGCCUCCACCUCCUGGGUUCCAGCGAUUCUCCUGCCUCACCCUCCUGGGCAGCUGGGAUUACAGGUAUGCGCCACCACACCUGGAUAAUUUUUGUGUUUUUAGUAGAGACAGGGUUUCACCAUUUUGGCCAGGCUGAUCUUGAACUCCUGACCUCAGGUGAUCCACCUGCCUCAGCCUCUCAAACUGUUAGGAUUACAGGUGUUAGCCACCAUGCCCAGCCCCGGCUGACUUUGUAUUUUUAGUAGAGCCGGGGUUUCAUCAUGUUGGCCAGGCUGGUCUCAAACUUCUGGCCUCAAGUGAUCCGCCAGCCUCAGCCUCCCAAAGUAAUGGGAUUAUAGGCAUGAACCACCACACCCAGCCUUACUUGGCAUUUUGUUAAAAACAAAACCAAACUAAACUAUUUCUGCCCCAGAUUUAAAAGCUUUGGAAAGAAGUAUAGAAAGAGUAAAUAUUUAGCAGCAAAGUAUUAGAAUAGCCAGAGGCAUCACACAUACACGCACACACAGAACAGGCACAAACCUGGAUGAUGCUGAGGAUUUCAUCAUAAGUGCAGUGCUCUCCUUGGCAAUUCACGAGGAAAUCGUUGAGCUGAAGUAUGCCCACCCCGAAAAUGCCCAGAGAUGUGCUCUCGAUCCCAGUGCCAUUUGUCACGAUGCUUGCAGCAGCAAUGGCAUCAGAUAUCUGCCUCUGGUUGUCCGACAGCUGCUGUUUACUCUUAAUGAACAACCCCAAAUCCGAAACAUUUCUGGUCAACAGAUCUGAAACAGAACCACCGCAGUACAUGGACAAGAUAGCUAGCAUCUUUCACUAAGUUUGUUUUGGAGAUAAUGGUGUGGAGUUAUUAAAAUGAAGAAGCCCUUUACUAAUGUAUCUAAACAAGCCAUCAAAUCAAUGUUUAUUCCUGGCUUCACACAGUGAUAGGAAUAAAAAACAAAUCCAUGAAUAAACAAAGGAAACUAAGGGCUGGGCAUGGUGGCUCACGCCUGUAAUCCCAGCACUUUGGGAGGCAGAGGCAGGUGGAUCACCUGAGGUCUGGAGCUCAGGACUAGCCUGGCCAACAUGGUGAAUCCCCAUUUCUACUAGAAAUAAAAAAAUUAGCCAGGCAUGGUGGUGUGCACCUGUUGUCCCAGCUAGCUGGGAGGCUGAGGCAAUGAGAAUUGCUUGAACCUGGGAGGCAGAGGUUGCAGUGAGCUGAGAAUGUGCCACUGCACUCUAGACUGGGCAAUAGAGUGAGACUCUGUCUCAAGAAAAAAAAAAGGAAAUGAAGACAGAGCUAGGUUAAUGAUCUUGAUAUCCCACGUGGCUUUGGCAUUACAUGGCAACUAAACAUAGAUUCAACUGGGAGCAUCAGGCCAAAUUCACGCUUUGGUUUUGGGAGUAACUACUUCUACAUUUCUAUGUUCGUAGAAACUGAAGAUGUACCCUUAAAAUCACAGUUUUACUGUAAUUUAGAAGUGUAACUAUAAACAUUUGUGUGCAGAUUUCUGUGUGAACAUAAAUUUUCAACUUGUUUGGGUAAAUACCAAGUAGUGCAAUUGCUGGUCACAUGGAUAGAAUAUGUUUAGCUUAGUAAGAACUGCCACACUGUCUUCCAAAGUGGUUGUACCAUUUUACAUUCCCACCUGCAGUGUACCAAUUGCUUCACAUUCACACCAACUUUUGUAUGGCCAUUUUAAUUUGAGCCACUUUGGAAGACAGUCUUGCAGUUUCUUAUGGAGCUAAAUAUAGGCUUACCAUAUGAUCUAGCAAUUGCACUCUUCAAUAUUUACCCAAAUGAUGGAAAAACUUAUGCCUACCCAGAAACCUGCAUACAAAUGUUCAUAGCAGCUUUAUUCAUAAUUGCUAAAACUUGGAGGCAACCAAGAUAUACCUCAGUAGGUGAAUGGGUAAACAAACUGUAGUACCUCCACAAAAUGGAAUAUUAUCCAAGGUAAAAAGAAAUGGGCUAUCAAGCUGCAAAAACCCACGGAGGAAGGAAACUUAAAUGCAUAUUGUUAAGUGAAAGGCGCCAGUCUGAAAACUCUAUAUACUACACGACUCCAACUAUAUGUUAUUCUGGAAAAGGCAAACUAUGGAGAUAAAAAGAGCAGUGGUUGCCAGGGAUUUGGCAGGAGGAAGUGGGGGAUGGAAAAGUGGAGCACAAGGAACUUUCAGGGCAGUGAAACUAUUCUGUAUGAUACUGUAAUGGUGAACACGUCAUUACACAUUUGUCAAAACCUGUAGAGUGCACAACACAAAGAGUGAAUCCUAAUGUAAACUGUGGACUUCCAUUCAUCAUAAUGGAUCAAUGUUAACUCAUUUGUAUCAAAUGUACCACACUAAUGCCAGCUAUUACUAACAGAAGGAAGUGUGUGGGAGAGUGGAAGAUGGUAUAUGGGAACUCUGUACUUUCCACUCAUUUUCCCAUAAACUUAAAAUUGCUCCAGAAAUAAAGUCUAGGUCAGGCACAGAGGCUCAUGCCUAAAAUCCCUACACUAUGGGAAGUUGAGGCAGGAGGACUGCUUGAGGCCAGGACUUUGAGAGCAGCCUGAUCAACAGAGCAAGACCCCGUCUCUACAAAAAAAUUACAUAAACAAAAAGUCUAAUAAUUUUUGAAAAAUGCAACUAUUUGACUAAUCCAUAGUUAUGCAGAUUUUAUGACUAAAGUUGAACAAUAGUUAAUAGUCUUAGCUCAAGGACGACAUAAGCUUAUAGAUAAUUAUGAAGCAACUACAUAAAAGAGGAAAGUUUUUUUGUUUUUGCUGUUUCUGUUUAUAGUUUCCAGCAAGAACAGAGGAGGAAAAUUACAGGCUUAAAAUACAUGAGGAGACUACUGCCCUGUGAUUGAGCACCCACCCGUCUGUAGGUAGGGAAGAGACUGUGGGUUCUCCACUGUGACACAUACCACAUACCUAGCAGGCAUUUGGAAAUGGUCAGUGAUAUGGUUUGGCUGUGUUCCCACCGAAAUCUCAUCUUGAAUUGCAGCUCCCACAAUUCCCACGUGUUGUGGGAGGGACCUGGUGGGAGGUAAUUGAAUUAUGGGGGCAGGUCUUUCUCAUGCAAAAAUGUUCUCAUGAUAGUGAAUAAGUCUCAUGAGAGCAGAUGGUUUUAUAAAGGGGAGCAUGCCCUGCACAACCUCUCUUCUCUUGUCUACUGCCACGUGAGGCAUGCCUUUCACCUUCUGCCAUGAUUGUGAGGCCUCCCCAGCCAUGUGGAACGGUGGGCCCAUUAAACUUCUUUUUCCUUAUAAAUUACCCAGUCUUGUCUAUGUCUUUAUCAGCAGCAUGAAAAUGGACUAACACAGUUGAGAAAGGAUUUUUGGUUGUCAGAAUGACUGGAGAGCUUUAUUGGUUAAAUAUCCUGGAAUACAUGGGCAGAACCACACAGUGAUGAAUUUCUUUGCUCAAAAUGUCAGUGGCAUCUGGUCCCAUGACACCAGAUGACACCUUGAAACAAUUACCUAAGUGUUUCCCUACAUGGCAGUAAUAGCGCAUGUGGGACAGGCUCAGAGUUUGUGUGAUUGGACCUCUGACCUUAAGUUUUAGACAGAAAGGUCCCAAAGGGAAUUCCUAAAAUGUUCAACAAACCUAGGUCAGGCUGAAGAUCGCUGGUGUUUUCAUCAAUUGUGAGGUUGGUGUAGAGUGGGGCUGACUCAGAGCCGGAUCGGUUGCAGGGCACCGCAUAGACAUCAAACAGAUCCUUCAGGUCCUUGCGGCUCCGGACACUGAAUGAGGAAUAAAGACAACUCACAUUGAGUAUCUUUAUAGAAACGGGGGGCCUAAGAAAGAAUAAGAAGGAAACGUACACUGUACCUGAAUGAUUUGAACAGCUCAACAAAUUCAACAAAACUCAUGUUGCUGUCUGAAACCAUGAAGCUCUGAAAUCCCUUCAUGCCGCCUUUGAUCCGCCCAUGCCAGCUACUACUGCUCCAAGCACUGCAACAAAGACAAGGCCUUCAUGGGCACAAUGGCAGGCCACCGCUGUGAUUCUGUCCAACCAAGCUUCUCCAAUUAGCAAUACGAGCCAAACGGUGAGUGCAAGUUAUUUAAGGUUGAAGCUAUUUUCCAGUACUCUUUUUACUUCUCCUAAUCUAUAUCGUAUUGCAGGAAAUAAAAUAUGUUGUAUAAGAAAAAGAAGAGAUGUUUCUAGUCUAUUUAAUAAGGUCCCAGGGCUGAGGUUAAUAUUUCUCUAUUAAUCAAAAUAGUCCUUUGAAAUUGCAGAUCAAUGGGCAAAAUAACUCAGUGUUUCCGAAGAUGUCUUUUUUAAAAGAGCCCCAAAUGACCACUCUUAAUCUGUGGAGAAUAAUGCAUGUUCUUUUCUGCAUGCUAAGUUAUAGAAACACAUUUAAGAAGAAAGUUUUGAGUGUAUCUAUGUCUCGUCUGAUUCCUUUCCUAAUCAGUUCUUAGAUGAAAACAGAGAAGAGCUUUUAAAGAUUAAU